AUGACCGAAACGUUGAAAAAGCGUAAGAGAUCAGACUGCAGUGUACAAGUCGAAGAGAAUGUUACGGAAUCUCCGCCACAAAGUGAUAUUAAUUUAAACAAAGAGGUUGCUGUGACCAAACGGGAGAAACUAUCAGCCGAUGUGGAAGCAGCUAAUGUGUAUAAAGCAGAAUUUGCUGAAAUGGUGGCUACAAAAAAACUUGAAAGGUCCCAAGUUUUCAAUAUGGACGAGAGUGGGCUAGUUUAUAAAAGUACCCCCAAGAGGACAUUUGUUGCAGCUGAUCAGGCACAAGCUGCUGUUGAAAGUUUUCUCAACUCCAAGAACUUACUAAAGACGGCAGUAGUUCUCGUCGACAAUUGUCGAUCUCAUCGAUACGUAAAAAUUAACGACAUUGAAGUAAAUUUUUUUCCGCCAAAUGUCACCUCUCUCAUUCAGCCUAUGGACCAAGGCAUUAUCCAAACCGUCAAAUUACAUUACGAGAUUAACCUCGUAAAUGCAAUCGUUGAGGCUCAAAAUGAAAACGUGACGCUGAUCGAGUUUUGGAAGACAAUUGACGUGCACAAAGUGAUUUUCUGGGUUGCUGAUGCAUGGAAAAAGGUCAAACCCACAACGAUGCAGAAAUGCUGGAAAAACUUAUGGCCCAAAGAAAUCAGAGAUGCGUCGACUCAAACGGACGAGGACUCUUUUAUCAUCGAUAAUCUCGAUAUGUCUGUGGGCACUGACGUCACCUUUAAAUCGAUAACUGCAGACGAUCGAGACGUAACCGAGCUAUUGAAUCUCAUGAAAAAAGUCGACGGAUAUGAAGAGAUGGCAGAGUUCGACUGCCUCGAAAAUAUUCGACCGUCAGCUGAGUGCGUUGUGGAACAAAAUGAUACUCAACAAGACGAAAACGAUUUUCAUUACGUCUCGGAAUCUUUUGCUGUUUUAUGUGAAAAUCUUUAA